AUGGUCAAGGCUGUUGCUGUUCUCCGCGGAGACUCCAAGAUCUCCGGCACCGUCACCUUCGAGCAGGCGGACGCGAACUCCCUUACCACCGUCUCCUGGAACAUCACCGGCCACGACGCCAACGCUGAGCGUGCCUUCCAUGUCCACCAGUUCGGUGACAACACCAACGGCUGCACCUCCGCUGGCCCUCACUUCAACCCCUUCAGCAAGGAGCACGGUGCUCCCGAGGAUGAGAACCGCCACGUCGGUGACUUGGGUAACUUCAAGACCGAUGCUGAGGGUAACGCCGUCGGCUCCAAGCAGGACAAGCUUAUCAAGCUGAUCGGUGCCGAGAGCGUCCUUGGCCGUACUCUCGUCGUCCACGCCGGUACUGACGACCUCGGCCGUGGUGGCCACGAGGAGUCCAAGAAGACUGGCAAUGCUGGUGCUCGCCCCGCUUGCGGUGUCAUUGGCAUUGCUGCUUAA